GGUACCUGCCUGGCAAAUUCUAAUUCCGAAGACUGGUCCUACAUAAAUUUUUUAAAACUAAACAGUGAGUUCCUUGUCGAUCUACCGCCAUUUUUAGAGAGUAUGAAUGCUCUUGAUGAUACGUGGACCAGAAGAUUCCUGCGCGAGGUGAAAGAGAUUGACCGAGCAUUAUACAACGACAGUAUCAGCUACUUCCUGGCCCAAGUGUUGGUGAUGGAAACUUCUGAUCAGCUACUACCUAACUCAGGAGUAUCAGCUACUUCCUGGUCUUCACCUUCGCGACUCCGCUUGCUUUGUUUUUGUCUGAUCAUUGAGGUGAAAUCAGAACAUGCCGACGUAACUAUAUGUCGUUUUUGGAAAGAGGUGAUAUCAAAAAGGAAUCGACUUAAGCUCAGGAAUGUUCUUGAUACUGAGAGUAUCGAACUAUUAAAAGCAUCAAGCAAAUUUCAAUCACAAAAAGCUCAAGAAGAUUACAAAGAUCUGAUGAAGUCCUCGCGUUCUCUUGAUAGCACUGCAAAUAAUGAAGUAGCGGUCAAAAAGAAAAAAUUACCAUCAAACAUGUUGUCUGAUGGUACCAAACUUAAGAAAGCGACUCCUCUAAAUCUCAUACCAUCGGAUGAUGAUAAUUCUUCCCAAGAUGAUCUCAAGACAACGACGAUUCUUCCUCCCAAGAUUUUACCUUCUGGGAAGGAUUUUAAUGAUAUUGUUGCUAAGAGAAUAUCCGCGAACGCAAAGGCGAUUAAAAGAAAGAAGAGACUAUCAGCCGUUAAAAAGGCCAUAUUAUGCUACGGAGCAUCGCAGAUAAUCGACUUAUCUGCACACACGAAGCAAUGGUUUUUGAUCGAAGAUAGGGAAUUCGUAAUGAAAGAUUAUAAGGCUUUGUUACAAGUUUCCGAAAUGCCAGAUGGAGAAUGUUCAUUUAUCAAAAUAGUUGAGGAUAUGGUGCAUAAAGGGAAAGUGGAUGUGGCGUUCAAGUUCUGUACUGAAAAGCAUCUUAGCUCUGAAAAUAACAGCUACAUACGCAAGAUCAGCAAAAUAUAUGCCGAUUUUAUAUAUAAAAGCCAAGAUCAAGCUGACUUCUUGGAUUACAAUGCAAAGAAUACACACACGGAAAUGGAUGUUAUUUUAAAAGCCUGUUCGUACAUAAUUGAGGGAUUGAACAAGAACCUCCAAAUAUUCCCAAGAUGGUUAGGGCGAAUCAUUUUGCCCGUUAAGCAGGAGUAUAGACCACAUCAGGGGCCAGUUGAUGUUGGGGAGUGGGAAUAUUCUGCAAAAGCUACAGCAUCUAAGGCCAUCGGUGACCGUUGCCGAUCCGCACGAAUAAAUCAAUCAAUCUCAAACGGAUUAUUGGAAUACAAACUUAGUGAUGAACAGUGGACAAAUGCUGGUCGAGGAUCUGGUAGAAGGGUUUUAUCUAGUUUUUCCGGACCUAAGUUUGAGCUUCCUACAAAACUUCAGAAUAUUGGAAAACUGAAGACGUCUAUCAGUGUUAUUAAAUCAGUCAUGGAUAUAUAUAAGAAAACGUGCGAGAUCAUAGAAAAUCUAGAAACAACGCAUCAUGAAUUUGAUGAUAUUUUUGAUGAUCUUGAUACAGUCAAACCCACCACUCAUUUUAAAUCCAAGCAGAUUCAUAAACCGUGCCUUGUCAUGUACAAUAACUCAUUGGUUUUCAAAGUUAUUGCCAAGAAAAUCUCUGAUGCGUUUAUUG